UGGCUCUUCUCCCAAAAAAGCACCUCCUUCCUAGUUCCUCCGCUUCUCUCUCUCUCUCUCUCUCUCUCUCUCUCUCUCUCUCUCUCUCUCUCCUGACAUUUAUGCCAACCUAGCAAGAAACCGAAGCAAACAUCUCCAUCUCUGGAGGAAGAAAAGUUUUUAAAAUAAAAUUCAAGAUCCCAAAUCCAAACCGCAAAAGGGAAUGGAAGAUUGAUUACACUCGGAAACAAGCUACAAGAUAGAUGGAGAGUUCUUUUCUGUUGAGUCGACUACUCCUCAUCACUCUCUUUCUUGCAGCUGCAACAGCAGCAGCAGCUUCAAGACCUGGGUUUCUCUUCACAAGAGCCAGAGGAAGAUGCACUUCACAGUACUGGAGCAGCAGGAGAGAGGCAUGGCCGAAAAUGGUUCCACAGACUUCGACGGUAUCGAACGUGUUUGGUUCGAGAACAUUUGAACGAUACAGAUCUGGAUUGACGAUGUUAGAAUCAACGAGUAGGAACGAUGACGAGAAUGCGUUCGCUGGAUUGUUAAAGCAGGGGAGUACAGCUCUUCUCAACUCUUAUGCUAGAAAGGGGUUUCCUUAUGCCGCUUGGGAAGUGAAGACUCUGUUUAUAGAAGCAUUGGUCUCGGAGGAAGCUGCAGCCAGACAAGCCAAGUUCUUCUCUAUUGCUAAUGAGGCUUGUAAUUAAUUAGCUUCUGGCUAGAAAUCGACAAUACAAAUUCUAGUUUUGGGUUUUUCUGGGAAAUUUAUUUUCUACACAUUUUCUAUAACUCUGCAUAUGAGUUUGGCUAUUGGCUGUUGCCAUGGAUUUCUAUAUAUGAAUUCUUCCAAUCUUGCGUCA